AUGAAUCACACAUCAUUGCUACUAACUCUCGUUGCCAUUGCUGCAACCGGUCUCGAGUGUGGCUACGCCGCCAUCGGGGACCAAUUCGCGUUCGAACGAGUUCUGCCAGAACCGAGACUAUGCAUCCAGGAUGGCUGCCUUCAAGGGAGGUUCUUCAACGGAGUUGGAGCUGAUCAGUACGAGGGAUAUCUUGGGAUUCCUUUCGCCAAGCCUCCCGUUGGGCGGUUACGUUUCAAGAAUCCCGUACGGAACGAUCCCUGGAGUGGAGACUACGACGCCACGUGGGAACGCAGUCGAUGCCUGCAGAAAAACGACAUCUUUCCUCAGCAAACUGUGCAGGGCAGUGAAGAUUGUCUGUACUUGAACGUGUUCCGACCGAAAAACGUUGCCGGACCCCUUCCGGUUGUAUUCUUUAUACACGGUGGAGGAUACAGCGCUGGGUCAAGUUCGAUGGCGGAAUUUGGACCAGAUCGAUUCAUGGAUACCAAGAAAGUUAUCCUGGUGAUUCCCCAGUAUCGCUUGGGAAUUUUUGGAUUCUUAUCGACGGAGGAUCGCGCUUCUCCGGGGAACUACGGUUUGAAGGAUCAACUGUUUGCGUUGAGAUGGACUCAACGGAACAUCGCGUACUUUGGAGGUGAUCCCAAACUUGUGACCUUGAUGGGAAACAGUGUUGGUGGAAGUUCCGUGCAGAAUCACAUGAUGUCCCCUCAGAGCAAGGGACUCUUCGCCAGGGCUGUCAGCAUGAGUGGAAAUGCGCUUGGCUUUUGGAACUACAACAUCGAUCGUCUGGACUUGGCUCGACGUCAAGCGGAAGCCGUUGGGAUCGUGAACGCUACGAGCAUGUCUACGGAUCAGCUCGUCGAAGCGCUUACAGAGGUGGAUGGGAUUGAGUUGGUUAGGAGUAUUGACAAGCUAAAGUACUUCUACGUGCAUCCCAUCCCACUUUAUCAUCCGACGGUGGAGCGAGUCGUUGAUCAGGACACGUUCAUCAGUGAAGAUCCACGAUUGUUGUGGGAAUCUGGACGAUAUGAACCUGUCCCGUAUACGAUUGGAUUUCUACCAAACGAGGGAUCCUUCUACUCAUCGGUCAUACUUACGAACCUAACAUUGCUGAACACGCUGAACAAUAACUCUGCAAAAUUUAUUCCGCAACUCGUUGGUGCGAACCACCCUGUGAGUGUUCAAAUGCUUAAGGAUCGAUUCUUCCCCGACGGGAGUGACGAGCAGUGGCUUACGGAGCAAAAUCUGGAAAAUUUGACAAUUAUGAUAAGUGAGGGACUGUUCUACCACGGAAUCGUACUCACCGUGAAGCAAGUCCUCGCUUUGAAAGACCAACAAGCGCCCCCCUUGAGCGUUUACUACUUCAACUUUAAAGGACCGUACUCGCAGUCGUACUACGAUACGUACACGUUCGGGGAUUUCGGGAUCUGCCAUGCCGACGAGCUGCUGUACCUGUUCAAGGCGAGCGGUCUCUUUGCGGACUUUGAGCCGCAAUCGCCGGCGUGGUACAUGGCGAAGGGAUUUGUGGAUUAUUUUGUAGAAAUCGCCUACAAUGGAACGGCAGGCCCCCUCUGCGCCAUCGAAAGCUGCCAGUUGCUGGAAUUUAAAAAUUCGCAGGAUGUAGCCAACCCUGUUGAGCGAGGUCGAAUCAAUGGGUUCGACGAAGACAACAUCUACAGUUCAGAAUCGAUUAUCCGAAGUUCAAUUAUCCAAGGAUUUGAAUCAAGGUAA